AUCUGUUUCUUCAUUGUCGAGAUUUGGUACUAAAACAAGAAGAGGAUAUUUGGUCCUUACGCGCAUGAGUGAUUUAGCGAGGCAUAUAACACCCGGAAAAUACGACUUCAUAGUCAUAAGUGUGACCCAACACUUUUUGGAUUCCAUUGAAGGAAAUUUGGGAAAAAAAAGAAUUAUUGAUCCUAACGUUCUUUAUAAUUUGUUUUAUAGUGUGUUAGUUGUAGUACUGAUG